AUAGAAAUGCAGGAGGAGGAGAAUCCCUAAUAGUAAUCUCGCAAGAUAAAGUUUGUUCUACCGAAAGGUCAUUUCCUCUUUACAUCCGAGAGUGUAAGCUCAGGUCAUCCAGACAAAUUAUGUGAUUUUAUUAGUGACAGCGUGCUUGAUGCAUGUUUAGAAUAAGAUCCAAACUCUAAAGUUGCUUGUGAAUCUGCAUGCAAAAACUCUCUUGUUAUGAUUUUCGGAGAAAUCACAACUCAUGCUCAAGUUCCUUAUGAAACUAUCGUCAGAGAAGCCAUAAAGUAGGUUGGUUAUGAUAACAUAAGUAUAUUAAGUAUUCUAAUAAAUUUAGGCAAGGGAUUAGACUAUAGAAAUGCUUCAGUUAUAGUGUCAUUGGAUUAGCAAUCACAAGAAAUCAAUUAAGCAGUCGUGGGAUCCAAGCAUGAGGAUGAAAUUGGAGCUGGAGAUUAAGGAUUAAUGAUUGGAUAUGCUUCUGAUGAAACCCCAGAAUUAAUGCCAUUGACUCAUCAUCUCUGCAAUAGACUGAUUUCAAGACUCCAAGAGUGCAGAGUAAGUGAAAUCUGUCCAUGGAUGAGACCUGAUGCAAAGGUCUAAGUUACAGUUGAAUACAAACGAGAAGACUCUUCUUUUCAUCCUGUUAGGAUUCAUAAUGUGCUCAUCUCCCAAUAACAUGAUGAGAAAAUAACUCAUAGUGAAAUUGAGGCAGAAUUGCAUAAACAUGUAUUAAAGUAUGAAUUAUUUAUUCUAUUCACAAUAGACACAUCUUGCCAGAGCAAUUCGUUGAUGAAUAAACUCAAUACCAUUUAAAUCCUUCCAAAGCCUUCACUGUGGGAGGACCCUAUGGAGAUGCAGGAUUAACAGGUCGUAAAAUCAUUGUAGAUACUUAUGGAGGAUGGGGUGGCCAUGGAGGAGGAGCCUUCUCUGGCAAAGACCCUACCAAAGUGGAUAGAAGUGCUGCUUAUGCUGCAAGAUGGGUGGCUAAAUCACUCGUUGCUUCAAAAUUAUGCAAGAGAGUUAUGAUUCAAGUGGCCUAUGGAAUCGGUAUCAGUGAGCCUCUCUCUAUAUGUGUCAAUUCAUAUGGCACACAUGCUGAAGGACUUGAUGACGAUGCAUUGUCAGAGAUUGUCCAAAAUCAUUUCGAUCUCAGGCCAGGAGUUAUCAUUAGAGAAUUGAAGUUAAGAAGACCCAUUUAUGCUAAAACUGCCUCGGGAGGACAUUUCGGAAGAAACGAACCAGAAUUUACUUGGGAACAUCCUAAGAUUAUCGACUUAAAUGCUUGGAAUGCUCAGAAGGCAGAAUAAUAAUAACAAAAUUAAUGAUAAAAACCAAAUGAAUUUAUUAACAAAAUAAAUAAACAAAC